AUGAAUCCUCGGAAGAAGGUGGACCUGAAACUCAUCAUCAUUGGAGCCCUGGGGGUAGGGAAGACUUCACUCCUUCACCAGUACGUGCACAAGACAUUUUCUGAGGACUACCAAACCACUCUGGGUGCCAGCAUUCUCUCCAAGAUCAUCAUCAUGGAGGGCACAACACUGAAGCUGCAGAUUUGGGACACAGGUGGACAAGAGCGGUUUCGUUCCAUGGUGUCCACGUUCUACAAAGGCUCCGAUGGGUGCAUUCUGGCCUUUGAUGUCACUGACCUGGAGUCCUUUGAAGCCUUGGAGAUGUGGAGAGGAGAUGUUCUGGCCAAAACCAUUCCCAUGGAGCAGUCCUACCCAAUAGUGGUGCUAGGCAACAAGGUCGACUUGGCUGACCGACAGGUGCCUCACGAGGUAGCCCAAAGCUGGUGUAAAGAGAAGAAUAUUCCCUACUUUGAGGUCAGUGCUAAAAGUAACUUCAAUGUGGUCCAAGCCUUCGAGAUGCUGGCUAGCCGCGCUCUGUCCAGGUAUCGGAGCAUCCUGGACAACUACCUCACUGACUCCAUCAAGCUCAGCCCCGAACACCAGUCCCAGAGGCAAUGCUGCUAACAUCCGGCUCUUCAGAGCCACCAAGCCUGGCUCCAGGCUCAUUGGACCUGCUGCUGCUGAGGCUGAACCAGGCAGCCCAGACACAUGAUCAG